GGGAUAGAGUACAAUCUACUGCGCCUGCCCAUGGCAAGUUGUGACUUCUCAGUAAGACCAUACACUUAUGAUGACUCACCAUAUGACUUUGAGCUGAAGAACUUCAGCCUGGUUGAAGAAGAUAUCAAAAUGAAACCCAUGGACUUCUCCGAUUUGGAUGAAAACCAACGAGGACUGGAAAGGGAAGGGAUCCCUCAAGGGGAAUGCAGGCGACCAGUACCACAAGACGUGGGCCAACUAUUUUGUAAGAUUCCUAGAUGAAUAUGCCAAGCAUAAUUUGACCUUCUGGGCCAUAACAGCUGAGAAUGAGCCUACUGCUGGACUGAUCAAUAACUACCCUUUCCAGUGCCUGGGAUUCACUGCUGAGCAGCAGCGGGACUUUAUUGCACUGGACCUGGGCCCAGCCCUAGUGAACAGCACACACAAGGACAUCCGUCUCAUCAUCCUGGAUGACAACCGGGUGCAUCUGCCCCACUGGGCCAAGGUGGUGCUGAGCGGGGACAGCAAGGCUUACCGUUAUGUCCAUGGCAUUGGCCUGCAUUGGUACCUCGAUUUCAUCGCCCCCAUUACUGACACGGUGGCAGCCACCCAUCAGCUCUACCCAGACUAUUUCCUAAUUUCCACUGAAGCCUGUGCUGGAUCACACUUUUGGGAGAGAGACGUGAUCCUUGGUUCUUGGGAUCGGGGCAACCAGUACAGCCGCAGCAUCUUGUCGAACCUUAACAACCACGUCACAGGCUGGAUCGACUGGAAUUUAGCCCUUGAUUUAGAAGGAGGCCCCAAUUGGGUGAAGAAUUUUGUAGAUAGUCCGAUCAUUGUAGACACAUCCAACGAUGCCUUCUACAAGCAGCCCAUGUUCUAUCAUAUGGGACACUUUAGCAAAUUCAUCCCUGAAGGCUCCCAGCGGGUUGGGCUGAGAGUCCUCCAGAAAUACCUGGGGUCCAACUUGGAGCAUGUGGCUGUACUUCGCCCUGAUGGAUCUGCUGUAGUGGUUGUUCUUAACCGGUCUGGCGUGAAUGUCUCCUUUGGAAUUUCUGAUGAAGCUGGCCUUAUCGUGAGUGAAAUCCCUGCCAACUCUAUUCAGACUUAUCUGUGGAGGCGCGAGUGAGGAAGCAGGCCAUGGUUCAGCAUCUUGGCUUUAGGGAAAAGACUGAAUAAAGGCCACCAUGCUUUGAGAGGCCAAACCUACCUCAAGGUGUGCCACCACUCUUAGAAACUCUAGCCUUGUUCACUAUGCCAUUCACCAAACUUGGUCUUUGUGGCCUACCUCAUUUACUCUCUAUUCCAAAGCCAAGGGCUGGAGUGGCCCUAGUGAACUGGCCAUCAAGGUCAGUUCUGUCUUGAGUCACAAUCUGUGCUGGGAAAGGCCUGAAGAUAUCACUGGAAAUAAAUCUUCACUUGAUGUGAGACAAAGAUGCUAAGGCCAACAACACUCAGGGCAACCUAAAUGAAGGAGGCCUCACUGGAUGGGGUACUCAGGUCCAGGAGAGAAGCAACACAUUUGCUUUGCCUGCUGGUUGAGAGUCUGUUGUUAAGUCUUUUCCCCUUUACACUUCUGAUAUUAAAGAGAAUCUUACUCUAUUAAUUAUCCCCACAUGCUACCCCUGCAUGUUUUCUGUAUUGUGAGAUGCCGCAUUGUAGCUGCAACAGGGGAACUAUGAAGAGUUGCCUGUGGACUGGGACCUCUAACCAAGGUAAAACAAUUUUCUUCUUCUUAAAUUUGGACUGAAUUUGCAUGUUUUACCUCUACAUCACCAUAAUGUUCCUGAUGCAAAAACAUGGAGACUUCUUGAGGAAAGAGGCCUGUGAUCUCACUGGAAUGGAGACAUGUUGGACUGCAAAAAGAGGGCUCCCUGUUGAGAUGCAAAUGGACUUUAAAUUUCCUGGACUUUGAAAAUCUCUUCAUUGCCACAUGGCCAGAAAGAGGAGGAGCCUGCCUGCCAAAGAUAUCCUCUCCAACAUACAGUCGUCCCUUCUUAUACACGGAUUCAAGCAUACACAGUUUGAAAAUGUUCCAAAAAGUAUAAAUUUACCUUGAUUUUCCAUUUUUUAUAAGGGACACCAUUUUGCUAUGU